AUGCUAGGGCGCAGCUUAUCGAGCCUCUCGCAGCAGGAAACACAAGAACCUGAGGAGUUAUGUAAUGCAACCCAAGUUCCUGUUUGGUUUGCAUAUAAUUCCCUUAUAUAUGACCCUCUGGAUACCACAAGAAGUGCAACACCACCUCUCAUUGCGUCCCCGGCACAUGAAUGGAGUACGUUACUAACAGUGUUAAAGCAGGCACAAAACAUCAACACGUUAGUGGUUGGAGCUGAUAGAAAGACCGUGGUGACACUUGAUUUAGGCCUUUAUCACCCAGCAAAAAGACUUCAGAUGGCAGGAAAUGAUAUGGAUCAUUUAAGAGUGUGUCCAUGAGAAGACCAGGCAGAACCAGGCAGGGGGUGAUAAUGCUCAAAUCACCGAUUUCGCUCAAACUCGGCACAAAUGUUAGGUAUCAGGAGUUAACUUAUGUGAAAGAAUGUCAGGUCCAAAUAUUAAAUUCCCUGGGAGAUCCGGGCUCCCCCUGUAAAAAUCGCCAUUUUGCCCGUUUUAUGCAUAAUUAAUUAGCUAACUUUACAAUGCCAGUGCAACAAACAGAAAAGCCACCCUGAACUUAAAUGCACUGAGAGAUGAUCUGAGUUCAUAAGACUUUAAGCACGUUAAACUGUUUAAAGUCGCCAAUUCAUUCCUCCCUCUUAGCCCCCCUUAGGUUGGGUCAUCAUUUGCAAGUUUUGAGUAAGUCGUAAAAUUAGGGUAUUUUAUUCCCAAAUAUCUCUGAUGAGCAACAGCUUAUCUUUAUAACUUUUGCAUGAGUAGUUAAAGCCAUCACUUAAGUUGAGAAAAAGAUCAUAAAAAGUUUGGGCAAUUCACUUUCUUCCAUGUGUUGACAUAAACUGUUCAUGUGACUGAACGACUUUUGCAUAUUUCAUCAAAAUUCAGGCCCUCACAAUAUUCGUGUGUUUGCCUUUGAAUGAGGAGAAAUCAAACAAAAAACUCAUCAGACAAUGAUUUAACAUUAAUAAGGGUAAAAUCGUUGAAAUUGUUGUGCAAGAAACCCUAACGAUGAUUUUUGAUAGCUAUAUAAGCGAUCUUUUCAACUAAAAACAACAUACAAAGAUUUAAUUCACAGUUUUACUUACGUUAACAAUUUCGCCCUAAAAACAAUAUAAACGGUCAAUAAAAUCCAUAUACGUAUCUCUUAGAUGUUUCAACUGCUAGUUUGUGCACGCUUUGAUUUGUUACCCAUGCCACCUUCGAUGUCCAGUUAAGCGUAGUUCAGCGCCGUGACUCGCUGUACGACUAAAAUUCCUUAGCCAUCAGUUUACGCACCAAAAUCCAAAUCAAGUUGUUUUAGGAGAAAACAAUACGAAAAGUAGAAAGCCGAUUUUUAACCCAUUGAAAGAAUUAUUUCUGCCACUGUUGUAGCUCAAUUCACAUGUUACAAACGUCCGCCAUCUUUGACAUUAACUGGAGCCCGCAUUUUUAAGCAGCGGUUGCCACCAUACGGAAACAUCGUAUCGGGAGUCAGGAGCCAGGAGCCAGGAUCCAGGAGCGAGAGUCCAGUGAACAAAAUUCAGUCGAAAAUAUGACUUUCCGACAUUCUUUGAGAUUAUUUUAUUGUUAUCGUAUGCUAAUAAAUAAUUUAGAAUUCCAAAUCUAUUGGCAACUUUAUUCAGACCAUGAUAAUAAAUGAUCCCAUGUCUUCUCAAACUCGAAGAUAGAAGUCGCUUUGUCUUCGUGUUUUGGAAAGAACUAUUUAUUGUAUUUUAGUCGCACGUGAAAUAGCAGCGAAGUGAAGUCAGAUCUUCGUGCAGACCAGUUCAAAGAGACAAAUAAAGCGUGAGACACGUCCAAUUUGGCUUGUGACAAGAAUACCAUUUUUUCCUCAUACUGGAGUCCCUUCUCCCCAGGGGAGUGGCCAAAUUGCGUACAAAUGCCCUACCCUGCUGGCACCAGAUUUGACUGUCAUAAACACCGAAUUUUUUAUCUAGCACUGUCGUUUGCGGGUCUUAUAAAGCCUAACUGUGGCAGUAAUGUUCCCAAGUAGAACUUAAAAUACACCACACUUUCACAUUGAGUUAGAUAUUUUUCUCAAACAACCGCUUCCAUAUGUUUAACACCCUUCCCAAAUUGUAAUACAGUGGAAGCUCUCGUAAGAGGACACCCUCGGGAAGAGAAAAAGGCGUCCUUAACUGGAGCUGGCCGCUUACAACAAUGAAUCUCAUACGGUAACUCUGAAACGGAUAUAUAAGAAUGAUUCAUAACAGUGACAAACAGCAAUGACUGUGGACAUGAUAUGAAAAAAAAAAAAAACAACAACAACAACAUUAAGAGGUGGAUAAGAUUUUCUUUCGAGUGUCUGCUUACGAGAGCUUUAAAUCAAAGCUAACAUCUAAUUCACCGGUAAACCCUUUAAGUGUCAUGACCGCCACGGAAUGUAAAAAUCCAGAGUUUGUGUGGAAGUUGAAACGGGAUUUUGUGAUGGCGGUCGUAAGUAGAGCUAUUCGCUAUAUACGAGAGUGUCCGUUAAGAGAACUUAAUCCACUGUAUGAAUCUGCAAAUGACAGCUUAAAUGAGAAGUUAAUAUAGUGUAUUAGUCUGUGUUCAAGAAACUGUUCUUUUACACCUUCCUUGAAUAGCUAAAGAAGUCUUGUCGACUUUUUUUGCAGUGUAUUAGUGCCUCCUUUUGGGUCUUUUGUAUUCCUCAGAAGUUUUUCCUCAACACUUUUAUAAACGGUUAUUAUUAUAUUUUUGUAGUCAAUAAUAUACCCAGAUACAGAUACCAACCUGUAUAGUUGUAAGACUACGAGGAUUAAAAUACAAGUAAGUAAGUCAGUAUACCCAAUGGCAAGUCAUUAAUUGUCUAAAAAUUGCACGGCACGGUCUGACUACGAAAAAGGGCUAUUAUGGACGAUUAUUAUCAUGGUAAUUAAAGUCAACACCGAAUAAACUCAAAAUUUCAAGUAACACGACUUUCGCAACCUAUUUUCAACACACCAGUUAUAACAGGAUAUUGGCGCGUACAAACAAUAGGUAGCGUAUUCCGCAUUCCGAGUCCGGUAGUCGGCGUCACAGAUUCCAUCGUUUUGGCAGAGUCCAAAGUCAAAGAUGGAGGGUGUUCGAGCAGGUGGUUGUUUUCCGUAGAUAUAGACGGAUUGUCAGUGAUCUUUCUUGUCCUUUGAGAAUGAUUUUGUUCAUUCUGACUACAACUUAUUUCAAAGACUUCGAAUGUUCGGUGAAAAGCCGACACUUUUAAUUUUGCAAUGUUUCAAGAUGUUUCGAUUUCAUUACCUCGUCACGAAGUAACGCCACAGAGGACCAGACGAAACUGGAGCAGCAAAUCUGAACUAAAGCAUCUGAGAGACGUGUAUGUAACAUUUAUUCACUAUCUUUUAUCCUUGUUGGGUCUUGUUUCACCUACAAGUUGGACCGAUCGAGGUUUUGAACUAAAUCUUUUGCUCCUUGUGUUUACUCAAGCGUUCCAUAAAAUAUCCAUCCAAACGUCCAUAAAUAACACAGAAAACAUGCCUCAGGUGACACUUUCUAACAAUUCCGCUAUUAGUAUCGACAAUGAGGCAUCUGAUUUGUGACUUCUCGCCAACUUUGUGCUAUUUUUGUUUAGAAAAACGAAUGUUACGUUUCCUCGUAUUUUGGUCAAAUGACAAAAAAGAGUCAAGUCAGAUGUACAUAAUACGUCAUUAUUGAUAAAGUAUGAGAUUGCCCAAAUAUUUUAUGAUUGAUUUGAUAACCUUAAAGAUGUCUUUCAAAGAAUAUGUGAGAAUUAAGUACAUAGGUUGUUGCUCAUGGGAGAUGUUAGCCACUAAAAUACCUUAAAUUUAGGGUUUGGUCAAAACAGUUAGAAGAUGUCUUUACUUUAGGCUAAAUAAUAGGAAGAUAUGAAAUUAGAGAGUAAAAAUAAAUUACUGAGCAUUAAGUCUGAUAAACAUAGAAUAUGAUAAAGUUGAUUAGAUUUGAAGUUGUCUUUUCUUCUUGUUGAACAGCCAAACCAAAGUUAGCUAAUUAAUUAUGCACAAAUGAGUAGAUUGUGUCGUUUUUAGGAGGGGUCCCUGUAAAUCCCAGGGAAUUCAAUAUUGCGACCUUAUUUUUUGUCGAGGUUAAUAUCUCACCACACCCAUCAAUUGUGCCAAGUUUGAGCGAAUUCCGUGAUUUGAGCAUUAUCACUGCCUGCCUGGUUCUCUCAUGGACACACUCUUAAUACUUCGCCCAGGUGCGAUAACUAGUAUUUUACUAGAUUUACUGGCUUUGUAUUCAAACUGAUAUUUUUUGCACUUAUUAUUUUCAGGUGAACUCCAUAUUGUUAUGGCACAGUUAAGAACAAUUAGAAACUACAUUGACAACAGUGGUGUGGAUAUGUGCGGGGUUGAGUCCGACUUAUUUGGCUCCUCCACAGUGAAGCAGAUAAUAGAAGGCAAGCAUGUACGAAGAGGACAAACAGCACACUUAGUUACUCUUCAAGCUCUUUUCUCAAUGUAUCAAGAAGCGUUUUUCCAGUUUGAUGGAGAGUGUUAUCAAGCAAUUUCCCAAGCAGCAAAGGAGCUUGACGAAGCAUGCACACAAGUGAAGAAAGAAGAAAUAGUCGAUAAGAACACUAGAAUGAUGGACACUAUCAGCUCUUUGAAUGUUCUUGAGAAGAUGACAGCCUUUGACAAAGCUCGUGAUAAGAGGCCCAUUUUCAAAGUGAUGCGUCAGUCCAUGCACAUGGUAACAGGGAUGCUGACAUUCAUCAGAGCUGUUAGAACGGGUGACUGGGAGCUCCAUCUCCAAACCCUGGCCAAGUUCUCAAGAUACUUCUUUGCCCAUGACAUGAUUAAUUAUGCACGCAUGAUUCCUAUUUAUUUAGCUGAAAUGGAGUCACUAAACGAGUCUGAUCCAGAUAUAGUUGAGGAGUUUCAACAGGGAAAUUGGGUCGUCAAUAAGAACAGUGACACAUUUUGUGCAUUAGGGGCUGACCAUGCUCUGGAGCACAUAAACCGUUCUAUGAAAGUUUCUGGAGGCCUCAUUGACAUUACCCUUAAUCC